AUGGAUUCAUUAAUAGAUAAAAGCAAUAAUAUAUUCGAGAUAAGUAAACUUGUUAGUUCAACUUCAAUAUCACAAUCAAAUGUAACAUUGAGUGCUGCUGAUUUAACAAAAACAUUAAUACCAGAACAAUAUCAAAUAAUUCUAUUAAGUUUUGCAUAUGGAAUAAUAACUUUUCUUGCUCUUAUUGGUAAUUCUUCGAUUAUUUAUAUUGUUAUAUGUAAUAGACGAAUGCAUUCAGUAACAAAUUAUUUUAUAUGUAAUUUAGCUCUUUCUGAUUGUCUUGUUGCUUGUUUUGCAGUUCCAUUUCAAUUUCAAGCUGCAGCUUUACAAAAAUGGGUUUUACCACAUUUUCUUUGUAAAUUAGCACCAUUUGUUCAAAUUCUUUCAGUUGAUGUAUCAAUAUAUACAUUAGUUGCUGUUUCUCUUGAUCGUUAUUAUGUUAUGCUUCAUCCAUUAAAACCAAAAUUAUCAACUAAAACAGCAUUUAUUAUAUUUAUUAUUAUUUGGCUUAUAGCAUUAGGAUCAUCAAUUCCAAGUUUAUUUUUUUAUAAUGUUUAUUUUAUUGAUGAUUUUGGUUAUCAAUGUUUACCUUAUAUAUAUGAAAAAGAAGAAGAUUCAAAUUCAACAAUAGCAACAACAAUAAAUAGAUCUUAUAAUAUAAAUAAAAUUUAUAUUGUUUAUAAUAUUUAUUCUCAAUAUGUAAUACCAUUUAUAAUAAUAAGUUGUGCUUAUUUUCGUAUAGGAUCACAUUUAUAUUUUUCAAAACCAGUUGGACAAACAAAAUCUCAAGAAGUUAUUGCACGAAAUAAACGUAAAGUAUUAAAAAUGUUAUUUGUUGUUGUGACAUUAUUUCUUAUCUGUUGGUUUCCAUUACAAUUAUAUAAUUUUCUUAAUGUAUACAAACCUGAAAUAAAUGAUUUUAAACAUAUUGUAGUUUUAUGGUUAUGUGCAAAUUGGCUUGCUAUGUCAAAUUCAUGUCAUAACCCAUUUAUUUAUGGAUUUUGUAGUGCCAAAUUUAAUAGAGAAUUUCGUAAACUUUAUCGAUGUUUUCCAUGUAUUGAUAAUAAUAAAAUAGAUGGAGAAUUAACUGAUACCCGUAUAAAUGUACCUUUAUUAAAUCCAAUUCAAUCAAAACAUAUAACAUAUCAACAAUAUUCACCAAAUUCGUCAACUCAACAACGUUCUCGUCAAAAUACAACAACAUCAUUAAAUAGUAUCCAAAAGAUAAAUCAAUCAUCAUCAAUUAAUAUGAAAAAUAAUCUUAAUGAAAAACGUCAUCAAUUUUUAUUUUCAACUCGUCAUCAAAAUCAACAAUAUAUUAAUAAUAAUUAUAUUAAUUAUUACAAUUCAAAUAAUAAUCGAUCAAUAAAUAAUUGUGAAAAAUUUUUAAUUGAUCAAGAUUUAAAAAAUUCAUCAACAGAAGAUGAUCUUUUAUUAUAUCAUGCAAAUCAAUCAACACAUUUUACAUAG